GUCGUAUGUCUAUUUAUUAAUGAUAAUAUUAUUCUAGUGAGUCAAAAAAAAAAAAACUGAUUGGAGCCAUGGCCAAGGGCAAAAACUUCAAAGUUCAAGUAAACGUUGCAAUCUUGCAUUCAAAAAAAAUCAAGACUUUUGACUUAACAUGAAUAACAUCCACCAUUUUGUCUUAAAAAAAAAAAAGUCAAAAUCGACAACUUCGAACAUAAAAAUAGAAGGAAAAAAAAAAAAAGUAGAAGAAAACAAUUUCUUCAACAACCACUCUUUUUCAUUUUCUCUCUCCGCCUCCUCUCACUUCCUCUCUCCUCGGCCUUCCACAGUUUCAGCCAUGGAAACCUCAACUUCCGGCAAUGGCGGCGGUGGUAGCGGAGGUCCGGCGCCGUUUCUGUUGAAGACAUACGACAUGGUAGACGAUCCGUCGACCAACGAGAUCGUAUCUUGGAGUGAUUCCAACACUAGUUUCAUCGUCUGGAAUCCUCCUGAAUUUGCUAGGCUUUUGCUUCCUACUUACUUCAAGCAUAGCAAUUUCUCCAGUUUCAUUCGUCAGCUCAACACUUAUGGAUUUCGGAAGAUUGACCCAGAAAAAUGGGAAUUUGCGAAUGAUGAUUUUAUAAAAGAUAAGAAGCAUCUCUUGAAAAAUAUCCACCGGCGAAAGCCUGUCCAUAGCCACAGUCAUCCUCCACCAGAUCCAGAAAGAGUAGCAUUUGAGGAAGAGAUGGAAAAGCUCAGUCGUGAGAAAAAUGAACUUGAUGCAAAAGUUUCAGGUUUCAAUAUGCACCAUUGUGCGGCAAAGUCUCAACUUGAAGAUGUCACGCUGCGACUUUGCGAUAUGGAGAAAAGGCAAGAGAAGCUAAUUACCUACUUGCAAAAAGCAGUUCAAAAUCCUGCUUUUGUUGAACAUCUUUCUCAGAAAAUAGAUGCUAUGGACCUCAUGGCAUAUAACAAGAAGAGGCGGUUGCCCCGAUCCGAUCACUUUCUACCAGCAGGGGAGAAUAAUUUUGGGGAUAACCAAAGCUUUUGCAGACCAGAGGUUGCUAGUAUUUAUCAGCAAGAUUUGUCGAAUAAACUUAAACUAGAGCUGUCAACAGCUGUUUCUAAGAUGAAUUUGGUCUCAAAUAGUACACAUUGCUCAAAUGAAGACUGGGCAAGUCCAACAAGUAGAUCAUCUGGGACAGACCCAAAAGAUGCAGAAUUGGGUAUAUGUACGCUGCCAUUUGCCACAGAAACUUUCGAUUUGUCAGACGCUGGAACAUGCCUUGAAUUUAAGAUGGAUGCUUCAUUGUCGGACAAAGUUGGAGUAAAGGAAUGUUCAGGUUUGCCGUCUAUGCAGCAAAACAUGGUGUCAGCAGAAGAAUGUGAUGUGAUAUGCUGCCAGUUGAAUCUUUCAUUAGCUUCUUCCCCUGUACAACUCAAUCAAAAUGCCUAUUCAAGUAGAGCAACCCAUAUGGACGUGGAUGCUAGUGGAUCUCAAGGGACAAAACUUGAUGCCAGCGGUAGUAAUAGAGAUGGACUGGGGGUGGCUUCAAAAAGCAAUCAUCCAAUUGGUAAUGUUGCCAAUUCCUCAUCAUCACAAGAGACUCGGAGUCAUAACCAGGAUCCUACUCCUGCUGCACCUGCCCGAGUAAAUGACCACUUCUGGGAGCAGUUUUUGACUGAAAGGCCUGGAGCUUCAGAUACUGAAGAGGCUUCUUCAUGUUAUAGGGCUCUACCUGGUGAUGAGCAAGAAGACAGAGGGUCAAGCCAUGGAAUUUCCAGAAAUGCAAAGAAUUUGGGUAAGCUCACUCUUUGAGCUGCUACAUUUAUUAUGAUAGGAUUUGUAUAGACAAUUAACAGUUUUCAUUCUGUUGAAAUUAUCCAGAUCUAUACGAUUUAAACUACGCCAACCAUAAUUUAAGUUGAAUCAACUAAACAUUAAAUGUUGUAUUUUGUAAAUAAUAAUCUAAUAUGAGUAGUAUUCUGCUGAAAUCUGAUUGUUUCUUUUGAUUACUGCUAGUUGCUCGGCUUGCUCAUGCAAUUAGCUUA